ACCUUUUAGUUUGCUAGAUAUUUACCGUGAUUCAACCUGUCCCGAUCCAACCAGCCCCGGUCUCCCCUGCUUGAAGAUAAGGUUUUGUGUUUAAUGUUUUAAGAAAAUGGAUAAAGGUUUCAGAGAUUGUGUUUUAGCAACUGAGAGAGACUGAGGCAUGCCAUGACAUGCAAUAUAAUCUUGGUGUGUUGAACACAUUCCGGCACAUGCUCUGUGUGCACAUUCUCCAUUAUCAAACCUCACCCCAAGCUGAAUUCAAAAGUAUGAAAUCUAGAGUACUGUGUGUGCCAACCUGACCUAGUUGUAGUGGCCUUUGUAUGUGCAAAGCUAAGCAUAUGUCCAGGGCUUUUUUCAGUCCAGUCCGUCCUGCUACUUCCCUGAAAACAUGUCUGUUUUCAAAUGCCCAGAGCACCACCCACAAUCGUGCCAUGCGAUAUGCUUACCUGAUGUGUGAAACUAGACAAACCUGUUCACCAAGGGUAGGUAGGCAAGAUAUGUAGAGAUCAUACAGGAACACCACACACAGCCAGUUGAGGACAAGCUGAAGACACAAAGCCUACCACGGAUCAGGGAGGGGGGAACACAGGCAAUACCAUCAACCUGAGCUGUCUGCAGUACAUCAUGAGGUUCACCGUAUUGGUUCUUUUCUGCUAUUUUCCCCUCUCUUCCUCGGAGCUCCACAGCCUGCAGUACUUCUACAUCGCUACAUCAGGAGUCCCACACAUUCCAGAGUUUAUAAGCGUUGGGAUGGUGGAUGGUGUGGAUUUCAGUUACUAUGACAGCAACAUAAAGAAAAGUGAACACAGGCAGACGUGGAUGGAGCAAAUAAAUGAGGAGGAUCCGGAUUACUGGGGUUCAGAAACAUACCUGGCUAGGAAGUAUGAGCAGAUCUUCAGGGAUGACAUUAAGAUCAUAGGGAAGCGCUUUAAUCAUACUGAAGGAGUGCACAUUUUGCAGAAGACGUAUGGCUGUCACUGGGAUGAGGAAGCUAGAGCCACUGAUGGUUUUGAACAGUUUGGUUAUGAUGGAGAGGACUUCCUCACACUAGACCUGAAGAAUAACAUGAGAUGGAUCGCAAAAGUGCCACAGGCAGCUCCAAGCAAACAGAAGUGGGACAAUACAGAGCAUUUUAUAAACAGGCAAUUAUAUUUCAAGGAGACGUGUGUUGAUUGGCUGAAGAAAUAUGUUCAAUAUGGGAGCAGCACUCUGGAAAGGAAAGUCCCCCCAGAGGUGUCUGUGUUCCAGAAUGACGACUCCUCUGCAGUGGUGUGCCAUGCUACAGGUUUCUACCCUGACGGGGUGAUGAUCACCUGGAAGAGAGAUGGAGUGGAGAUGCAGGAGGAUGUGGAUGUGGGGGAGACGCUGCCCAAUGGGGACAGAACCUUCCAGAAGAGAGCUGCGCUCACUGUGUCACCUGAGGAGAGGAAGAAGAGCCAGUACACCUGUGAGGUGGCACACAAGAGUGGAGAGACAAUAAUCAAGACCCUGAUUCUAGAAGACGGCUGCAAUCCCCUUGGCAUCAUAAUUGGCUGUGUUGUUGCUGCUCUUGUUGUGAUUUGUGUGAUUGUUGCGGUAGUCAUGAUGAAGAAGAAAGACUACAACAAGGCAGAGCAGUCUGAUACCGAUUCUGACACCUCCAACCCCAUUGCACGAAAGUGAGCACAGUGUGGUGACUGUUGAGCAUGAACAUGAGCCCUAUUAUUCAAAUGUCUAAACACUAUGAUGCCAAAAUCCCACAUCGUCAUAUUUCCUCCCCCUUCUGAGUCGGUGGGUCCUAAACUGCCAAAGACAAGGGCAGGCACUGCACCCACCUAUCCAAAGGCAGAUAAACCUGAAAUCAGACUUUGCUAAACUCAAUUGUUAAGCACACUGGAGGAGAAAAAAAAACAUUCACCAAACAUUUACCUGCAUAUAAAGUAUUAUUCACCCACAUGAUAUCUAAACACAUGACUAUGCAAAAGCACAAGGCAACAUAGAAAUACAAAAUACUGGCAACCACACAAUCACUUGAGUGACACCCAUAUGACCGAAGACAAAUGCCCCACAUGAAACAUAAACUUUGAGACCAGUCACUAUUAUUAGAUGGUACAUCAUCAGAAAACGUUUUUAACUGGGGAGAUGCAGGAGGCUCUUUUAGCCGAGUAGGCCUCUGCUUCUUGGCCACCUUCUUCAGAGACUUUCUCCCAAGCCACCUUUUAGACUUAAUCCUCUCCCCCAGUUCAAUACCAGACUCAGAGGAGUCCUCACUCUCAGAAACAGUCUCAGCUGAAGCUGAGACACGACAGGGCUCAUCGCCAAUAGACCUCUGAAGUUCGCCUACAAAAAAAGCUGCCAUCUUUGAGAUUCGGUAUCUGGCGAUAUAUCCUAUGGGAAAAUAACAUGGGGAUUUUGAAUUAUCGCACCUGUUAAACUCUCGCGGGCACGAUAUAGUCUUAAAUAAAGACGUUUUCCUGAACACACUUUUGUCCUCUGCCUUCUUGUGCAUACUGUGAUCUCCGGUACGUGAAGUCGGCACACUUUCAUUUUUGCUACCCCAGAGCUAACUGGCUAACUAACUUAAUGGCAGGUUGCAUUGCAAGUUAGCUCUGGGGUAGCGAAAAUCAAAGUCUGCCGCCUUCGCGUACCGGAGAUCACAGAUUCCUCUCGAAGGCAGAGGAUAAAAGUGUGUUCAGGAAAACACCUGAAUUUCCGAUUUUGUCAUCCCCGCGAGAGUUUAACAGGUGUGAUAAUUCCAAAUCCCCAUGUUAAUUUCCCGUAGGAAAAAUCGUCAGAUACCGUAACUCCUUAUAUGGGCAAAGAUGGCAGCUUUUUUGUAGGCGAACUUCAGAGGUCUAUUAGAGGCUGAUCCUCAAUCAGAGGAUUAGCAUAAGGACCAAUGUAGCCUCCAUCUUGGGACAAGCCUGCACUGACACCAAACACUCACCAGGGGCUCCAGGGCCCUCAAGAGGUCCUAUCUCAGCUGCUUGUAGGUGUUGGACAUAGACCAAUGAAAUUUGUAUACAAACAAGCUGCCAUUUUUGAGAUAUGGUAUCUGGCAAUUUUUCCCAUGGGAAAAUAACAUGGGGAUUUUGAAUUAUCGCUCCUGGGGGACGAUGCAGACGUUUUUCUGAACACACUUUUGUCCUCUACCUUUAAGUGGAUACUGUGAUCUCUGGUACUUUAAUAUUUACUACCGUAGAGCUUGCUAACUGUCAAGUUGCAUAGCAAGUGAGCUCUGGGGUAGCAAAGAUCAAAGUGUGCUGCCUUCACAUACUGAAGAUCACAUUAUCCACUCAAAGACAGAGGACAAAAAUGUGUAGAGCUUAACGUCUGCAAUUCAGACUUUUUCGUCCCUGCGAGAGUUUAACAGGUGUGAUAAUUCCAAAUCACAGUGUUAUUUUCCCAUAGUAAAAAUCUCAAGAUAUCGGAUCUUCGUAUAAUGGGUAAAGAUGGUAGCUUUUUUGUAGGUGAAAUUCAGAGGUCUAUCCUUCACCUUGGAUGUUGCAGGCUGACUAGCUGGAUCCACAUCACAGCCCAAGUACUGGGGCUGAUGAAAAACACAAGUUGUCACGUGAUGACCAAACUGCCUGCAGUGCCCACACCAGUCCCCGGCCUUUGGGCAAGCAAACCAGCGAAGCCUCCAGACCUCCUGCUAGAGGGUUGUAGCUGGCUGCAGGGAAAUCUAUUUGGGCCAUGACACAGGAAACUUCUCCCCAAUGCGUUCAAUCAGGCAAGGGGCUGCACCAAGCGCAUUCAUCUGGUCAUUAUACCACAGCCACAGGUAGUUUGCUGUAUCCUCUCGAUCAGGACAGUCCUCCAUGACAUACAAGAAAAUCAAAUAUUUUUCCCUGCAGUGCGUGUUAAUACUCAAGUUUUCUGAAAUGUGGGUCUGCUUCACACAACGAGAGGGAUCAUCCUACCACUUCCACCAUUAUACAUACAUUAUACAUAUAUAUAUGAAUGACUUUUUAUUAGUAUAGUAUUAGUAUUAGUGGGAACUUUUUAUUAAUCUCCAAAAAUGCACACAUGCAUGAAACCAUAAUACCUGAGAGCAGAGAGAGUCACUCAGCAGCUUCGGCUUUCCUCCUCUGAGGAGCUUCCUGUCCCCUUAAAGCCUGCACUAAUUACCUGCUGGCCAAUUACCGGCCCCACUCUGAAUGAUCCCUAUUAUUGAAAUGGAUAGGCACUAUGGUGCGAUGUGGGCAUGGAGGUAUUAUAUAUACCUGGAGAGAGUGACCAAGUCCCGCCCUCCAUUCAAAUGAAUGGCGGAGGCUAGGCUAGUAAAUCCGGCCAAUUCAUAGUCAACGCCAUAUUGAACACUGGAGCUCAGAUCCAGCGCCAGUCGGCUCUGACCAUGAUGCGCAAAAUUCCAAAGCUAGAAAUGACGCAUGGACCUACAUUGAUUUGUAUUGGACAUUCUGUAAAAAGAGAGUCAUCCUCCAGUUCAGAGGGUGGCGAUAAUGCACAUACCUUGCUUGCCGCGUAACAAGAAGAAGAAAAUGUUGCUUGAGAGCGCACACCUGAGUCCAAGUGGAGUCCCGCACUGAAUAACGAUUGGCUGUAGCCGCCGGAUAGGUACCCGUCCACCAACAUGUACGCGCAUGAGAGCUCGUGCCCAACACGGAUUUUCGUGCACGGAGCUGGUUCUAAAUGCUCCAUGCAGCGCCAUACUUGAAAAUGGCGUAUGCUAACAUGCCAAAGCUAACCUACACGGCCUUGACCCCCUGGAUGUGGGGGUGCCACAACCCCACAUCAUCAAAGAGAGGCAGGUACUCAAAUUGAAAAAACACUGGGUGCCUCUCAUUCGUGUUUUAUACAUCCUCCCUUCCUUCCUCGGUCCUCGUCCUCACUGAUCUACAUGAAGAAUGAUGGGUUGGCAAAAGUCAACUUAAUAGUGCAACCCCAAAUCAGAAAAAGUUGGGAUGUUGUGUAAAAUGUGAAUAAACAGAAUGUAUUAAUCUGCCAAUCUUUUGAACUGAUAUUUAGUUGCAAAAAGGACACAGACAACAAAUGUUAAAAAUGACAAAUUGGAAUGGAUAAGCAUGCAGGGAAAUGCUUUGCACCUUUAUGUUCGAUAAGGUUUCUUUUUAUUCUGAUAUAUCAUUUAUGUUAUGCGUUGAGUGAUUUGUUAUGUGUUGAGUGAAGUAACUCAUGUGAUGAUCUUUCUGUUAUGUGUUCUUCCAUAUAUGCACUGUAAAGCAUAACAGCUAUCCUAAAAGUUGGUUUAACUCUUUUGUUGAUUUUUGUCUUUGAGAUUACUUGCCUAAAAUGAGUGUGGUUUAAUGUGGUGGAAAGGUAAACAUGAUCAAUUAAAUCAAGUAAACUCUACUUGAAUUGGAGUUGUGCUAUACGCUGUGAAGUUAGCUUCAGCAAUUUCCAGUAUGUAUAGUUGACUCGAUUGUUUACUUUUACAUUUAGAAACCGUGUUAGCUUAUAUACUUGGUACUAUAUUCACAUUCUGGCAAGGCACAGCUACUUGGGCGAAGUGAUUUGCAGGCAGCGCCUUAAAAGCUCUGGUUCAAGGAACGUUGAUUUGCCUGAAUGAAAACAUAGUGCAAAGUAUGCGCACAAAAGGGCUGUUUCUCAUUUGACAUUGUUAUACACGUAACUAUUCAAAUCACGGCAUGUAAAAGGAAAAUGUUUGAAUCGUUUUGUCACUAUUGAUCACCAAAAAGCCGUUCCUUUAACACUCUACUUUAAAUAUAGAUGACUAUAGGCGCUGCGGUUCUAUUAGGGUGACAACUCUACUCAGGUGCUAUUUACUCUAUUAAUACUACUAGUAUAGUAAUAAUACUCAGGGGCUAUUAUUAAGCAGGCUACUCUAUCGGGCUUCUCUGAAGCUCUAUCUAGGUGUUGUCAAAAAGGAGGACAAAUGACUACCUUGGGACUAGUUUGCUCUGUUGGGCAUUUUGCCCCUAAAAGUUACUAUACUUACCACUGUAACCACUCAGAUACUCAGACACUGGUCUCCAAGUUAUUCCUAGUUUGUUCUUUACAGUUAAAAACAUUUGUUCAUUGUUUUAUAAGCUGUUACUGUUGUUUAUAUAAAGCACAUUGAAUUACCUCUUUGUAUGAAAUGCAUUCAAUAAAGUUGACUUUGCACUGUU